AGUAUUAUAGUAAUAAAACUUAUUCUUUAAAAAGUAUUCAAUUCUUCGAGAUAAAUGGCUGACAAAGACAAGAAAGAUGAACAAAAGCCAGUCACUGAACUAGGAUCAUUAGAAGAUGAUGACGAAUUUGAAGAAUUUCCUGCGGAAGAAUGGACCGGGAAAGACAAAGAACCAAAAGUAUUUUGGGAUGAAAACUGGGAUGAUGAUAAUAUAGAAGAUGACUUCUCAUCACAAUUAAAAGCUAUUUUAGAAAAAUCCGGCCAGAAAGCCAAGUCAUAAUUUUACCAUCAACGGCAAAUAUUGAACGAUACAAUGUAUAUUGCUUAACAUUGGUAUUUGAUGAUGAAAUGGAAUUUUCUUUAUUGGUAUUGAUUUGGACAAUUUGUUCGUUUUAUAAUUCAGUAAUUGAACCACCUUCUGAACUUACACAUGCAAUACAAAGUCCACAUGUGUAUAUUUUUUGUUGAAUUUCAGGAUUAGUUUAAGUUAGGCGUAAUCGAGUGUUUAGAGUGUUCGUCUAUAAAUAUUUAUAGGUACACCACAAGAUUUUUUGCAGUGGAUAAGUUUGUUGUGUCUGAAUUUUAUUUUCAUCAUAAGUUAUUUGUGGUAGACCUGCACUGAAACCAUGCCUGAAAAGUAAAUAUAAUAUGCUAUAACAUUUGAAAAGUGAAUCUACCUACAUCACCAAUUUUUAUAUCUAGACUUUCAUUUGGCUUGCAUAAUAUGAAAUUUGAAAUUCUGGUGGGGAUUGUAACUCUGAAUGAUGACUGACAUUUAUUUACAAAUUUGACGUAGAUCUCUUCAUAAUGUUACCUUUUUCCACUGGUAAUGUGGGACGAAUGCUGUUAACAUUCGAUUGAAUGUAGAUUGUCUCAAUGUUCUAUUAAUCACUGAAAUGAUCAGACAACUAACUUGAACUAAGUAACUAUUAUUUGGUGUCGAUUUUCGUCAUAUGAAAUAUGGCACUUCAUGGUUUUGUUUGAUAUCGGAUUGAUCUUAAAUAUUUUCAUUGCCAGAAUAAUUGUUGGAUAUAAUCAGCUAUGAAAUUCUGCAGAUGUUCUGGUUGGUUAAUUUAUGUUUAAUAAAAAAGAGUGUCCUCUGUUUUGUUAUAAAAUGUUGACCCUUUGAGAAAUGUGUAAAAGCUAAUCGUUGUUUGUUUUUCUCAG